AUGCGAAAAUUCUCUACCUCUACGACGAGCUACGAGGCCGCCGUCGUAUCUUUUGAGAUCGCUUUGUUCGAGUGCCAGAAAUGGCAGCAGCAAGACCUUCUUGCAGCCUUUCAUCGAGCCACCCACACGCAUCGCCGACGAACUCGUCGGCGAAAACCUACCAAUUCACACACCCGAGCUCCCCUAGUGGUCGAGCCACCCAAGACUGAACGAGUCGACGCUCCAUCUGACGAUGUUGAGCUCCCACUCGCUGUCUCUCCUCUGUUGUCCCAGACUGACAUGUACAUUGACGACAAUGUACUCCCUAUGGUCCAGGACCCAGUCGACACGACUCUGCCUCAAGGCGUUGAGCCUCACCCCCAACACGAGGAGCCUGAAGGAGUCGACCCUUCACCUCACCCUUCACCUCAAUUACCUGAGGCCUCAAGGCUGACAAACCCCUCUUUCACACCUGAACCCUCAAGGCCCUACACCACACGCCCCAGACCCGACAUCGAUGUCAACAUCCUGGAAGAGGUCACAGCCCGUACCUGUGACCUUCUUUUGAGCCGAGGGUUCUCUGUCUACACAGACGCUGGCCCUCACCGAUUACUCAACUGGAUGGACGAGCGAACGUCGGAGAAUGUUCGCAUGGGGUACGCCACAUACACGUCUUUAAUUCCCAUUAACUCGGCUCUAUGGGCUUUCCAAAGAGGUGUGGAACAAAGAUACCUAAGACUGAAAACGUUACGAAAUAUGCCAGGUCAUGAAGACGAAAACGUUGACUACAAACAAAAGGCACAAGAGAUUAUUGUGCCAUACGGAUUUAAGAUUGAAGAGGAGAUCAGAGAUCCAAACAGUGUAGGACACAGGUAUUAUCACAUUUGGUUAUCCGCGCCAGAAAAUGCAUCAAAACACACGUUUUGGCACGGGUUUAUAAAUCCAUAUAGAAAAGAGGGACAUUAUUCUGCGGCGGUUAGAGUAGAAAGACCGAAAGACGCUCAAAAGUACUUUUACAAGAAAGUGUUGGAAUGGCAGGAGAAUGAGGCACACAAAUUGAAGGAGGUACGGGACGGUCAAGAUGAUAAAUAG